UGUCUGUCUUGCUCUUAAGGAGAUGCAGAGCAACUGGAUUGAGUUUGUUGAUGCACAUAAUGAUGAAGCAGCACACAUUGUCACCAAACAGGCAAGCUUGCUCAUUAGACACAUGAGCUUGGUAAUCCAGGUUGUGAGAAGGCAUGUCAGUAAGAGUGACAAUCCAAUCUACCGUAACGGACUUCUGGUUCUGAUAAAGCAAGCGGAAGGAUCCGCUGCUGAGGUGACAAGUUACGUCACUGAUAUCUAUUCUUAUACCAGUCUAAGCAAUGAGACUUUCUCAUUACUCUCUAAAAGUGUUUCAACAGCCUUAAAACACUUUGAUAUUCUACGUGAAGGACUUGAUGGUUUGCAGCAUCCACAUCUGCUCAGCCCACUGCGGGAGGGAGCUCGCCAGUCUGCCGGUGCUGUACCAUGUGCAAUGCCCAUUUCAGAGCAUGAAAGAUCAACUGAAGAUCAUUCCGAUAAAACAGAAUCGGAGUCUUCAGUGCAAAGUUCAACUAGUGAGGAAAUUCCAUGUCAGGUCAAAGCUGGUUUAGAGAAUCCGGCUGUUCAAACAAUAAUGGAGUAUGCUGUGCCAAACCCUGAAGAAGCAUGGAUUGCACCUGUCGUGGAAUCUAAAGCUGUCAUACAGCUCCAUAAUAUUGAUUUGUUGCCUCUCUUGUGUGAAGUUGUCUGCAUGACCAAAGGUAAAGAUGUAGAGGCUCUUAACAUGGCUUGCACUGGAGUACUAGGACUCUCAAACUGCUAUGCCCAAGCUACAAGAGAAGCCACCAGUGUCAUAGACACAGCUGAUAGUAAGGAAGUGGAAAAUCUGCGGUCCAAACUCGUGUCCUUGACACCCUUGCUUGUCCAGACAGCACAGGAAACAGCCAUGAGUUCAGCCAUGAGUGCAGAUAGCAUUUAUAAACACAGUACGGAAUUCUCUGACCUCAUCAAAAAUGCCCGUAAGAUAUUGCUGCCAGUGGCAGGGAUGUGGUACCAUGCUGUUUGCUCCAUGUUCCAAAACUAUGUACCCAAUCAGUUGGAGACCAUCACACAGGAACUUACGGAGGUCAUGUGUUUAUGCGCAGAUGCUGUGCAACUUGUGACAUCUUCGGAUAUAAAGGUGAUGGGAGAGUGUCAUGAGAGUAUAAUGUCUUUGCAGAGCAAGCUCCAAAAAGCCCAAACCAACACCAAGAAUCUAACAGAUAUAGCGGGUUCAAAACCAACUCAAAAUGAUGAACUUGAUGGUCUCUGCAUGCUUUGGGCCUUGUCUGUCCAAGUAGUUUUGAACUCAUUAGAUAAGAUUGUGGGAACAGCAACAACUGAUGGUAAGGGGCACACAGUCACACAUCAAAUGACACCCAAAAAAUGGUUGUCAGUAAUAUCUGAGAACUCACUUCGUAUACAAGAAGCUGCAAGACUGUCUUCUCUGAACUGUCGAGAUAGCUAUAAAGUUAAACUAAUAGGAGAACUACAAGAUGACGUGAAGACACUUACGGACUCCUACCUACAGGCUGCUGAAGAAGUUGGUACAGUGUCCCUCUCAAGUGUCCUGAUGCUGGCAAAGUCAGAGCUGCUUCAGAGACAGCUUCAGAUUAAAAUGAAAGCACUCUCUUGUCUUCUGAGCAAAGUUAACAAAGAUUAUGUGACGGCCAUUCAAAACACUAUUGCUUUGGCAUGCUCUGUCCAAACAAAUGAUAGAGACAUGGAAACUGAAGAUACUCUGGUACAGUUUGAAAGUGCUGCCGAACUGCUUAUGCAGAAUGUUAAAAGCGCCACAGAGUCCAUUCAGGACUGUUUCAAUUUCAUUAGAGACCCAAAGGAAAGGUCCAAUCUAAGAUUCAUUAAUGACCACUUGACAUUUCAAAUGUCAGACAUUGUGAGUAGAGCCAGACUAAUAGCAGAGACACAAACUCUUGGAGACACUCUCACCCUUGAUAUCCAGUCACAGUGCUGGUCAGCAAAGGCACAUUACCUCGUUGAAGAAAUCUGUAAAGUAGAUGGAAUUCUUGCAGUCACAAAGGAACAGAUCAAGUGUAGCUUGCAGGGCAAAGAGUCUAGUACAUUAGUCAUGUCCCAGACACCAGGUUUCACAAAAAAAGCAACAUUAAAUCCUCUAUCUACAAAUAAUCAAGGUCCUACUAAAAGCAAACCAAGUGUCCAAGAUGUGUCCAAUCAGGAACCAAAUAAGGUAAAAAAAGAAUGUUGAUGAAACAUGUUAAAGUUGAAGAAUGGACAACAUUAUAGAUCUAGCAUUAUAAACUAUUUAUCUACCUCAGGAAGAGACAUCCAAGAGGAGCCCAAGAGGUCCUGUGUUUAACGUAGUAGAUACGACCCUCUCUUACACUUCUCUCUUUCUGAAACGGGAAACUGAGAAGUGGGAUGAUCAGGGUAACCAGAUUGUCAAGGUGACAAAGGAAAUGGCAGAUAAACUCUAUCACAUGGCCCAGUACCUGAAGAAGAAAGGGCCAAUCCAGGUCAGAAGCUUCUCAAGUUUUCUUCUGUAUAAAGUUAAUGUUCCCAUACUGACACUUGCUUGUUUCACCUGUAGACCAAAGAUGCUUUUGUAACAUCUGCGAAAGAUCUGGUCUCAAGCGGCCAGUCGAUCACCCAGUUUGUGCGUGUCAUAGCAGACCACUGUCUGGACAAGCAUUGUACUGAGGAGCUUUUUGUCAUUGCAGAGCAGAUCCUUACCAUUUCCAACCAACUUACCAUCAUCUCAAGGUGAGACGAUCAACAGUUCAUCUCCCUGACUUGCAACAAUUCUGAUUGUCUCUCUUGUAGCAUCUAAAAGUUACUUUCUUCCUUAAAUCCCUGACACAUUCAAUCAUGUGCAAACAACAUUUCCUGUAAAUUAAACAUGCAAAAAUCUCAUGUGACCCAAGGGGUGCAUGGUGUCUCUACAGUGUUAAUGCAGUUACUCCUGGGUGCAAAUCAUCAGAUGAGAUCCUGGUGAAGAAUGCACAGAAUCUACUCCAGUCAGUUAUCCAAGGAGUACGAGCUGCAGAGACUGCCUGCAUCAGGGGUUUGAAACAGCCUGAGCCAAACUCGGAAGCAGCGAAGGCAGCAGCGUUCUGUUUCCAGUGGAAAAAGGGUUUCCUUAUUCACCGAGCUCAAGAACAGCUUAACCCCGAAACUGAUGAUUUGGGUCUACGUAGGACCGCCCAGCAUUCAGCGGCGCCCA